GGAUUUCAUCGGCGAAGUGGCUACCAUCGGAAGAAUUCACCAUGUUAAUGUGGUCGGACUCAUUGGUUAUUGUUUCGAGGGCUCCAAACAAGCUCUUGUCUACGAUUUCAUGCACAAUGGGUCUUUGGACAAGCAUAUUUUCUCACGAGCGGAAGGGACUUCCCUUGAUUGCAAGGAAGUGUACGAGAUUGCUCUCGGAGUAGUUAGAGGGAUUGAAUAUCUUCAUCGAGGAUGCGACGUACAAAUUCUACACUUUGAUAUCAAGCCUCACAACAUUCUUCUCGAUAAGGAUUUCACCCCAAAAGUUUCCGACUUUGGGCUCGCAAGAUUGUAUCCCACAGACCACAAUACCGUGACUCUGAUCGCUGCGAGAGGAACCUUGGGAUACAUGGCUCCGGAGCUGGUCUACAAGAACCUUGGGGGCGUCUCUUACAAAGCCGAUGUCUAUAGUUUUGGCAAGUUGUUGAUAGAAAUGGCCAGUGGGAGGAAGAAUUGGGACGCGGUUGUAGAGUGUUCCAGUCGGACUUACUUCCCUUUAUGGGUUCAUGACCAACUUAGCGAAGGAUUGGACAUCCCGUUGGAGCAAGCUAGAGAGGAGGAUAGGAGAACAGUAAAGAAGAUGAUGAUAGUUGCUCUUUGGUGCAUACAAUGGAGUCCUAGAGACCGCCCUUCGAUGCGCAAAGUCUUGGAAAUGCUGGAAAGAGAAGCAGAUGAUCUACAAUUACCUCCCAAGCCACUCUUUUAUCCAACAGAAGAGUCGACAAGAGAUGAUGGAACUUGGACUGGGGAAGGCAAUGAUAUGACAUCCACUCCAUCAACUAGUGCAAUGACUUACGAAGAUUCUCAUCUCGAGGAUACAAGUACUGUCAUUACACAAGUAUAGGCACAUUUCAGAACCUAUUGAUCCCGUGACAUAUGUGAUAAAUAGGAAAGGAUCGUAUUGAUGAUGCUUUAUGUGUACCUCCCCUUUCAUGGUCAUCAUCAGAUGGCACAUGUUUAUAGUUAUGUUUAUGCAUCUUAAUUAUGAGUGUAUUCUAUCCAUGGUCCUACAGUUGUAUUCUACCCAUGGUCCUUCAAGCACGAAAGUAUUUGGAAUGCUGAAGAAGUAUUUGAAAUUUA